UAUAAGCACUCGGCUCUGUGUAAAUACCAGCCGCAGUCACGGUAGUGUCUUAUCUGUUUUACUGAGAUGUAACGUUGUCAGCACAAAUUGACAUAAUGAAUAGUGUUAAACGAUGUUGUAUUAUGAACAGAACUGUUCUCCAAACAAUUUUAGUAAGACAAUUUCAAACAUCAACGAGACGGUUAGUGGAACUUACCAGUGUUCGCUAUCCCAAUGUGAAAAGGGGACAAUAUGGUAUUGUGCAGAACAGUGAUAUUGCUACAUUUGAAAGACUUCUUCCAGGAAGAGUGCUAACAGAUUCAUUAGAAGGAUACAACACAGACUGGUUGAAAACUUGUAGAGGUGCUAGUCAGGUUGUAUUGAGACCGAAGUCCACUGAGGAAGUAUCGGGCAUAUUGAAAUACUGCAAUGAGAAGAAGCUAGCCGUGGUUCCUCAGGGAGGUAACACAGGCCUUGUAGGAGGCAGUGUGCCAGUGUUUGAUGAAAUUGUGAUAUCGACACAACUGAUGAAUAAGAUCAUCAGCCUUGAUGAAAUAUCAGGGACAUUGGUGUGUCAGGCUGGAUGUGUGUUAGCUAGUAUAGAAGACUACUUAUCGAACUACAAACUUACCAUUCCUAUUGAUCUUGGUGCCAAAGGAAGCUGUCAUAUUGGAGGCAAUGUAGCCACUAAUGCUGGGGGUGUCCGGUUGCUGAGAUACGGAUCUCUUCACGGGAAUGUUCUUGGACUGGAAGCUGUUUUGGCUGACGGUGAGGUGAUGGAUUGUCUAUCUACUCUCAGAAAGGACAACACAGGAUAUGACCUCAAGCAACUAUUUAUAGGAUCAGAGGGAACCCUGGGAAUCAUCACUGCAGUCUCCUUGAACUGUCCUCAGAAACCUCAAACUGUCUCAGUAGCAUUUUUAGGAUGCCAGUCAUUUCAGACGGUGCUGGAUGUAUUCAAAGAGAGCCGACACAGACUAGGAGAAGUUUUGUCAGCAUUUGAAUUCAUGGAUUCCCAAUCAAUGACGCUGGUCAAGGAGAACUUGAAGCUGGCAAGUCCUAUUGAAGAUUUUCCUUACUAUGUGUUGAUUGAAACGUCGGGAUCUAAUGGAAGUCAUGAUGAAGAAAAACUCAAUGAUUUCUUGGAGCAUGUCAUGGGUUCUGGGCUUGUGGAAGAUGGAACAGUGGCAACAGAGCUAACAAAAAUUCAGCAUAUUUGGUCUAUGCGAGAGAGACUUGCGGAGGGGCUCCUACAUGAUGGCUACUGUUACAAGUAUGAUGUCUCCCUGCCCCUCUCCUCUUUCUAUGGUUUGGUGGAAGCUAUGAGGGAGAGGCUGGGUGCCAUGGUAACCAGAGUUGUAGGUUAUGGACAUGUUGGCGAUGGAAAUCUACAUCUGAAUCUGACGUCACCUGAGUACAGUACUGAAGUAAUGGAUAAGAUAGAGCCAUUCUUGUAUGACUGGGUGGCCGAGAGAAAAGGCAGCAUCAGUGCAGAGCACGGUCUGGGAUUCAAGAAAAGAGAGUUUAUAUAUCACAGUAAAUCUAAGUCAGCGGUGGUCUUGAUGAAACAAAUCAAAAAGACUUUUGACCCCAACAUGAUUCUUAACCCUUACAAAGUACUUCCUGACUUUUAAUAACAAGACAUUGAAUUAUGUCCAGUAUUGAUUGCUAUGGCUGUGAUUAGUUUCCACAAUUUGUAUUUAUUAAUCAUAUUAUGAUUGUAAAUGAAACCUUUCUAAUUAUACAUGCUGUGAGAGAUGAAUUGGAUUAGACAAGAUGUCAGAUUGUACAGUGUAGAGAAUAUUAAAAAUAAGAGAGAAUUAUGGAAUUGGGAUUCACAGUAAAACAGAAUACACAGGUAUCAAGUUAGUCAGAUUUAACUGUAGGGAGAUAUGGUCAAUAAUUUAUAACAGAUGUACUUUAUUUACAAGAUCUCCUCAGAGAGUGUUUAAAUCAAUUCUACUCCUGUAUGAUGAAAACAAAUCAGUUGUGUCAUUAGUGAUGUUUCAGUAAUCAGUCGUGUCAUUACAGUGAUGUUUAGGUAAUCUUGACUACUGUCAUUUCGCAUUAACACACAACACUUCCAGCAUCCAGUAUAGAUCUUCAUCCAGUGUGGUGGCAAUACAUUAGUUCUAUCUAGUCAUAAUGCAAAUCAAUGGUUAAAACUGUUUAUUGAUUCAAAAAUAAAAUUUAAAAAACAUCA